AUGGAGGAAUGGAAGUUGUGUGCGUCUUGGCUAAUCGAAUGCCAAGUCAUACCUCCAAACCACCGGGUAACAACAUAUGGCGCCGAAGCAUUUACCUUGGCACAGACAUUGAGGGAUGGAGUAUUAUUAUGCCAACUCGCCAACCGAUUAUUACCAAAUGCCGUGGACCUCAAGGAGAUUGCCCUUCGUCCACAAAUGUCCCAGUUUUUGUGUCUCAAGAACAUCCGCACAUUCAUCCAAACAUGUAUGGACAAGUUUUGCAUGAGAAGACAAGAUCUUUUUGAUCCAUACCAGUUGUUUGAUGUCUCAGAUUUUGGUAAAGUGAUUGCUACAUUAUCAAAACUUUCACAUACAUCUAUUGCAAAGUCAGUAGCAAGACCAUUUCCUCCUGAAAAUCAUCACCAACACGCUAUUGACGAAGAUAUUUACAAAACUCUAGAAGAAUUAGCUGAUGAGCGUGACUUAGCGGAUGAGGAUGAUGACUUAUAUGAUGUUCCCUAUCAGGAUAUAGAAGAUGAUGAAAUCUAUGGUGAACUUUGUGACAUCAAACAACAAUUACAAAUUCCAAAGCAGUCGUCUGGAGAUCAGAAACGUGGCUAUUGCAUCCAAGAAAUUGUGGAAACUGAACAGAAUUUUGUGCAAGCUCUCAAUAUGAUAAUUAAGUUUUUCAUCAAGCCACUCAAAGGACACAUCAGCCAGCAAGACUCUGAUAUUAUAUUUGCCAAUAUUGAGAAAUUGUAUGAAAUUCAUUCAGGAUUUUUGAAAGAGUUGAAAAGAGCUGUUGAAGUUGAUAAUUCAAGACAUUUGAGUAAAGUGUUCAUUAAUUGGAAGGAUGAAUUACUGAUUUAUGGCGAUUAUUGUUCCAAGCUUCUUAUCGCACAGGAUCACAUUGAUGAGAUUUGUAAAGAUCCUGAUGUCGCGAUGAAAAUAGAUGAAUGCCAGAGAAAAGCUAAUGAGGGUAAAUUCCGUCUGCGAGACCUCCUAAGUGUUCCUAUGCAGAGGAUUUUGAAGUAUCAUCUUUUGUUGCGAGAAUUAGAGAGACACACAGACAAGACACACCCUGAUAAGAAAGAAUUACAGUUUGCAUUGACAUCUAUGCAGGACUUGUCUAUGUAUGUAAAUGAGGUGAAGAGAGACAAUGAUACACUUCAGACAAUCACAGAAAUUCAGAAAACCCUGCAAGACUAUAAAGGUCCUGAUUUACGAAUGUAUGGCAGACUUUCUCGGGAUGGAGAAGUUAGAUUGAAAUCUCAUGACAAAGGAUCAGAUGUUAAAACAAGAUACAUAUUUCUCUUUGACAAGGUUGUGCUAAUCUGCAAAACUAGGGAAUGCCAGAGAAAAGCUAAUGAGGGUAAAUUCCGUCUGCGAGACCUCCUAAGUGUUCCUAUGCAGAGGAUUUUGAAGUAUCAUCUUUUGUUGCGAGAAUUAGAGAGACACACAGACAAGUCACACCCUGAUAAGAACCAAUUACAGUAUGCAUUGACAUCUAUGCAGGACUUGUCUAUGUAUGUAAAUGAGGUGAAGAGAGACAAUGAUACACUUCAGACAAUCACAGAAAUUCAGAAAAC